AUGAACAAGAAUUACCCGGGCCGCAUCACGUCCGCCCCCCUGACGCAGCAGGCGCGGGGGAUGUCGCUGCGCACCAGCGCAUCGCCGAGCUUCCUGGACCGCGCACAGUCUGGUAGCACAGGUACAGGCGCUAGCGCGCAGCAGCCGCACCACCACGGCACCCUGCCUCGUGCGCCGCGGGCGAAGCCGACUACCUCGGUACAGGCCCCCGCUCCAGCACCCCCACCACCCAAGGAGGAGAUGGAGGAGGAACGUAGCGACGCUGCUGAAGCCGCCUCGUCCGAGGUCUCCUACCCGGAAGACCGCGUCUACAACGUGGAGGACUUCAUCAAGCUGCGCAGGUGUCAGACGCAGGUGCCGCGAGAGGUGAUGGAAUAUGCGCGUGCUAUGUGGAAGGAAAUGCCGGAGAAUAUGGACGACAUGGAGAAUAACUCCCUACGCGACAACCUCUUUCGCGAGCAGAACGCCUCGACGAUGUCGAAGGUGAUGACAGACCGGAGGAUCAACAACGAGGUGCUGGGCAUCCUCGGCAAGGUCACGGCGUCGAACCUAGAGAAGAUGAAGAAAGAGCUGACCGACCUCCCCAUCCGGCAGUCUACCAAGGAAGAGAUCGAUGAGGUCAUCAAGGUAUUCUUUAACAAGUCAACCAAGCCGGAGGAUAGCUGCUACACGAACCUGUACGUGCAGCUCAUCGCGCACCUCAUCUCCUCCAUCGGCGAGCGCGAGGAGGCCGGCCGCAUGAUCCGCAACGAGGUGCUUCGUCAGUGCCGAUCCACGUUCAUGAACUCUGGGGCAGAUGCGGUGGAGCUUGAGAAGCGGAUGGCGACCAUGUCACCAGAGGAUGCCGAGAUGGAGCGCAUACAAUUCUCGGGCAAGCAGAAGGCAAACAUUCAGUUCCUUGGGCUAAUGUUCAAGAGCCGGCUGGUCCGCCAGAAGGUUGUGCACGCCGUGUUGGACUCGCUGCUCUACGGACCUGGCCACCGCCGCCACAUCCCAACCGACUACAGCCUCAUCCACUUCAUGGAGUUGCUGCAGGUGUGCGGUCCUCAUCUCGAUGCCGCUUUCUACGAGGACCCGCUCCCGCGCUACCGUGAGACGAUCACUGAGCUGAGCAUCUCACACCCACAGAAGCGCAUCCAGUUCCUGCUACAGAACUUCCUCGAGACGAUGAACAACAAUUGGGUCCCGCUGCACGGCCCCGGCGCACGCCGCACCGAGGGUGGCGGCAACGCCGCGCAGAACAGCACCAACAACAACGGUGCUGGAGCGCUGGCGAAUACCAACGGUCGCGGCGGAAACGUGUCCGCCAUGCCACCGGUGCCCGUGCCGGCCCAGGAGGCGCAGCCCAGGGUCCCUGACUAUGAGGAGUUCUCAAAGGUGAUGGAUGACUUCUUCAUGAGCAGCUCCGUCGACGAGAUCGUCUCCAUCAUGUCGUCGAUUCCCCCUGAAGUGGUCGUGGUGUACUGCGCCAAGUGGCUUGGCCGGUACAUUAAUACAUACAAGUACACGGCAGAGCGCACCCGCCUCGGUGAGCUGUUCGAGACCUUAAUGAAGAAGGGCGCCCUCACCAUGGGGCAGGCGCAGGAGGCGCUGCUGCAGCACGUGCAGAAGUCAGCAGAGGAGGAACUUUUCACAGACAUCCCAAAGUACUUCGUUCACUGGGCCUCGCUCAUCCGGCACGGCCACAGCGUGUUUCCGUACUCGCUUCACACGAAGGUACUGAACAUGCUCGUAGAUAAUCACGUGAGCAUCGAGGUAAUUGCCAACAUGGUGCGCGAUGUGGAGGCUGACACAAAGCCUGACCAGUUGAAGGACCUGAAACCCCAGGACCGCUUCCGCGUGCUGCAAGCGCUUCUGCGCUACACCCCACCCAUGUUCGCUCACGAUUCGGACGACGACCAGCAGCAAAAGCUAACUGUGCUAGAUGUGGUUGGCACCAUCGACCCCGAGGUCACGUACUUUAAUGAGCUCUGCACCUCGUACGAUGACGACAACUUUCACGCAAGUCCGGCCCUGAGCGACAUGCAGAAGCACAGCCCGUUUCUCUGCGCCUCGGCCUUCUUCACGUUUGUCCGAUACGACGUGAACUUCCUGUGCUCCCAGUAUAAAGAGUUGCUGCGCAAGAUCUUUACUGCACGCCCAGCUGACACGCUGCUCGUGGAGGUGUACCUGCAGUGGAAGAGCCUCGGGUGCUCACACCGGUUCCUCUUUGCCUUCAUCCGCAAGGUCCUAGAUGUUGUAAACAACCGCCUAGACGUGCUGAACAAGCUUGCUGCACAGCUGCGCACUACCUUCAAGGAGGACAUGCUUGUCUCACUGAUGGAGGACGCAAUCAAGGAGCGGAAGUGA